GGGAUAAAGAGAAUCCUGUUUUGGUCCUUUCCUCUCUUAUCCAAAAUAUAAAGGCAAUACUAAUUUUAGUUUCAAGACUGAAAAUAGUGAGAGUAGAUUACUCUCUCACCGGCGCCGAAACUAUAUUAAACGGCGAAUUUGUAUCCAUUUUUUGCAGAUAAGGACCUUAAGUUUCAAGAAGUUCCAAAUUACACCCUCAUCUUCUCCAGCAAAGUUGAAACUACUUUCCCGUUUAUCAUUUGCAGUUUUUUCAGGCGAAAUUGAGUUAUUGCUGUGUUGCUGAGUUCGUGUGCAUCAUAGACUAGCUGUAAUGGCAUCUCUCUCAUGGUGGAAUCCUGCUCCUGGCACAACUGCAAUGACCGCUUGUUCUCCAACUCCAAUGUCCUGUAAAACCUCUAACUCAUUAGCACUGCCCCGCUCCUUGUAUGUCAGCAAGCUGGCAAAUUUAAUGAAACAAACCAAGGGUCUUUUGGUUAAAACACAGCAACAGUCAAAGAAGAAUAAUUUCACCAAUUCCAGAAGUACUACCAGCAUUCAGUGUCUCUCACAAGAACAGAAAUGGACUCAUGAAGGUUCCAUAACUGAGUCGCUCCCCAAUGGCAUGUUUAGGGUCAAAUUGGAUAAUGCAGAUGUGGUGCUGGGAUACAUUUCUGGGAAGAUUCGAAAGAAUUUCAUACGGUUGUUGCCCGGAGACAGAGUCAAAAUUGAAGUAAGUCGGUAUGAUUCCAGUAAAGGACGCAUCAUUUAUCGACUCCGCGGUGGUCGAGAAGGGUAGAAGUCAGUGGUGGUGGAAGGCUAUUUUUGUAAGUGACCAUCUUUGCUGAUGAACCACCAUUCACCUGUUCCUAUCCUUGCUUAUGAGAAGAGAACGUAGAAUGUAUAUUCUUAUACUUGGGAUAUCCAUAGGCAUUUACUUUUGUUCUUGAAGUUAUGUUUCGAUAGUAAACCAAGUCUGGGAAAGCAAGACCUGCGAACCUUUUUGGCUAUUUUCUUAGUUGUUAUAUUUGCAAUUUAGGAAUCGUCUUGCAUGGAAAUAGCUAAUGUUAUUGAAUUCCUCUACAGACUUCUGUUGCCUAUUUUGAGUUCAUCCAAUACAAACAGAAAAGUUCACCUUUGCAA